GUGACGUCACGGGCGGCCGCCGGUGUCCAGGGCGGGUGCGGCGCCGGAUGGAGCGGCCCGGGGAGCCCCGCCGGGGCCGCAGAGGCACCCGGCAGUAGGUGUGAGCUGAUCUUGCCUGGCUCCUGCAGUAGCCUGGCUCUCUGGUGUCUGAUGAUGAGUGUGACCCCGACCAGGGGAUGCCUCCUGGACCUGCCCUGGGAAGACAUCUUGGUUCCACACAUCCUCUGUCAUCUGCCACUGCAGCAGCUCCUGAGCCUGCAGAGGGUCAGCAAGUCGUUCCAGUCUCUCAUCCAGCUGUACCUGGCCAACAUGCGCUGCUUUGACUCAAGCCAGAUUGGACCUGCCAUCCCUCGAGCCGCUUUUGUUAACCUGUUGAAGGACAACGAAGUUCUGCAGCAGCUGUCCCUCCAGAACUGCUCCGACUGGCUGACGGACCAGGAGCUGCUCCCGGUCAUCGGGCAGAACCGCCACCUGCAGCAGAUCCAGCUGAAGGGCUGCGCCCAGCUCAGCCGCCACGCGCUGGUGGCCAUCUCGCUGAGCUGCCCCAACCUGCGCCAGCUCUCCCUGGCUCACUGUGAGUGGGUGGACAGCCUGUCCCUGCGCAGCCUGGCUGACCACUGCAGGGCGCUGGAGGCCGUGGACCUGACGGCCUGUCGCCAGCUGAAGGACGAGGCCAUCUGCUACCUGGUGCAGAAGUGCAACAGGCUCAAGUCUCUGUCACUGGCUGUCAAUGCCAACGUGGGCGACGUGGCAGUUGAGGAGACUGCCAAGUGCUGCCCAGAGCUGGAGCACUUGGACCUUACAGGGUGUUUACGAGUCAAGAAUGACUCCAUCAGGGUCCUGGCUGAGUACUGUCCCAAGUUGCGCUCGCUGAAGGUCAAGCAUUGCCACAACGUGGCUGAGUCCAGCUUGAGCAUCCUCCGAAGCCGUGGGGUGGAGCUGGAUGUGGAGCCUCCGCUGCAGAGGGCUCUCGUUCUGCUGCAGGAUGUGGUUGGCUUCGCCCCUUUCAUCAACCUUCAGAUCUAGAACUGCUGCUGCUGGGGAGGGGGGGACUGACACCAUGCUGGGAUCCCAGAAGGAUGCCGGAACUGGCUGCUGUAGACGUGCAGAGGGAGAGGUCAGUCCCAGUGGUGAGGCUGGCCUGAGCGGGGCUCACUCUUUCCUCUGGGGCUGUGUAGCAGCCACUGAGUGUUCAUAAGUGGACUUCAUCGGUGCCUCUGGGGAAAGGAACUCCCUCUGCAGUGGCGUGGAAAGAGCGAGUGAUUUGCAGGAACACCGUGGUGCUGAACAGGUGCUUGGUCAGGCCAGCUAAUAGAUAGGACUUAUUAUUUGUUGUAUUUUAAA